AUGGGCUUCCCGACCAACAACAUCUUCCGUAUCCUCGCCCUGACGGUGGCAGUUCGCGCCACAACGACUGCGUCAACCCCAAAGCCAACAACUUUGCCCGGCCUUGUUUCCGAGAUCCCUUCUUGCGUGGCUGGAUGCCUCGAGAGCAUUCACGAACAGAUUGGCUGUGAUGCAGCUAACCUCGAGUGUCUCUGCUCCGACGUGGGAAGCCUGGUUGCCAAAAUGGGAACUUGCAUCAUCAAGCACGGAUGCGAAUUCGACGAAGCUUCAGAUGGUACUGACUUGAUCCGGCCUAUCUGCGAUAGAAUGGGCGACAAGCCCGACGAUGCCGAAAUUGUCUCCGCCUCCAAGGUCCUCGACGCAGCUAUUGCAACCCAAGCCACGGCCGACGCCUCCUCGACCUCCACCAAUGCGGCUGGAAACGUUGGCUAUGACACUAUGAAGGUUCUUGCAGCCGGUGCGGUUGCUGCUCUUGUUAUCUGA